CAAUGGGAUGUCCGGAAGUUUAAAGUGGGCGUCGCUUCCUGUUAGGAGAUCAUAUGACCAAAUUGAAGUCUUGUGAUGUGAGUUUUCCUGUUGUAAUCUCAUUCUCUUUCUCAACAAACAGCACGGGAACACCGUGUUCAGUUCACUUCUGUACGGUGACCCACACACCAUGCAUCUACCAGCCCUUGCUUACAGUCCCACCUGCAGCUGAGCCCCCCCUCCUCCUCAGCCUGAGCUCCAGUGUCCUCCCUCAAACAUCAUGGACCCUGACCAGCAGACCAGCCCUCUUCCCCAGCCCAGUGCAGAGUACUUCUCGUGGGACUACCGCCUCCAGCUUAUUGGCCUGGGCUUUGCCUUCUAUGCGGCCGUGUUCCUCCUCACCCACCUCCUGUCUGUGUCUCUGUCCCAAACCUACAACUCCCUGCUAGCUAAGGAGAAGGUUUUCUGGAACCUUGCAGCGACUCGAGCAGUAUUUGGGAUCCAGAGUACUGUAGCUGGUCUCCGGGCACUGACUGAGGACUCUGUGUUAGCCAGAGAAAGAGUGAGGGGACAAGAAGACUGGUCAUGGUUCACUGUCCUCACAGCCACAGGUUUCUUUGUGUUUGAGAAUGUUGCACUUCACGCCUCCAGUGUGUUAUUUCGGUCAUUUGACCUCCCGCUGGCGAUGCACCAUUUUUUCGCCCUGUCAGGAUAUGCAGGGGCGGUGGUGUGGGAUUCUCUGGGCCACUUCCUGCCAAUGGUUACGCUGCUGCUGGAGAUGAGCACGCCAUUCACCUGUAUAUCGUGGAUGUUACUGAAGGCUGGCUGCGCAUGCACCCUGUUUUGGAGAGCCAACCAGUGGGUGAUGAUCCACAUGUUCCACUGUCGCAUGGUGCUCACCUACUACAUGUGGUGGGUAGCCUUGACUCACUGGGGAGAGCUCAGCGCCCAUGUGGCCCUGCCCCAACUCCUGCUCUUCUUCACUGGCCUCGCUCUGCUCACAUUUAUCAUCAACCCCAUCUGGACGCACAAGAAGACCAUGCAGCUGCUUAAUCCUGUGGACUGGAACUUUGGCAACAAGCCGACAUCCCUAAACGGCACCACAGAGGGUCGGUCUGAGGUUUCUGUCAAACCCCACGCCAGCUGAGGGGUACAAGGAGGUCUUAUCCUAUCUGAUCGAUGCCAUAUUUGUUUCUUUUUUUUUUCUUCUUUUUUUAAUGGAUAUGUCAGGUGACUUUUAGCAUGAUGGUAGUAAGAUGGGUAAUUUAUUGUUUUAUAAGGCUUUUUUUUAUAAGUCCCAUGAGCUAUAAGAGAACUUUGCUAUUCAAAAAAGCCCUAAAAGGUUAGCCGCGGCUGUCUGGUACUAUCUUGAUAAAGUUUGCUGCAUUGUCUUCCCUCCGGCUUUACUGUCCGGCAGUUUUCAUGUUGGUUGGUUUUUGGGAAAGCAUAUUAAUUUUCCAUCUGGUUAGCUUAGCUUUUAAUAGGUGGUUGUGUAUGGCAGUGGAAUGGGGCCCUGCUUGUCUCCAUCACCUUCAGUACACUGUUGUGAAAUAUCCACUUUACCAAUCAUAUGAUUGGUUAUUUAUUCACAAUAGGAAAAAUAUGAGACAGCACUUCUUACAAGAGCCAUUCAGAAGCACAAACUUACAAAUAUUAAAAUCUUGUUUAUCAGAUUUGACUUUUUUCAUGAAGUUAAACACAACAAAAUAUAAAAGAAAUGUAGGAGUCUUAUACUUUUUGAAGCCACUGUACAUCUACAGUAUUUAAAUACUUACAUCCUGUAAUGCUUGAGAAGGUAUUGCACUAUAUAUAUCUUUAUCUUCUCACAGCUGCCUUUGGUCUGUUGCUAUUGAUAGUCCAUUUGAUCUAUCAGGUAAAAGAAGCCUAGUAACAUGUUGUGUGCCUGGGGAAAUGAUGUGAGGGAGACGAGAGAGGUUAUGCUCUUUCAAAAUGACCCAGUAUUCAAGUCACGUCAAGAAUUUGGCCUUGCUCAUACAUAGCUCCUUUGGUGCUUUUACAACAGACGUUAUUCAGCACUGAUUGGGCAGUGUAGGCAGGAAAAUUGGUUUAAGUUUAAAGGAAGAGAUUCUAUAGGUUAGUCAUUGGAGCUAUUAGAUACUAAGAGGACAAUUAGUCCAUUACAUUGGUUACAUCGGUGUUUUUGGACCGUGAAUCUUAUGGUGGGCGAAAGCUCAGGACUGGUCCACUCCACAAAGGCUCUUUUGUCCAAAAUGGAGAUGUACUGUGGCAAAACUGAAGCAGUGUUGAUACACAAUAACAAAACUACAUUUUGAUCAUGAUGAUUUUUAUUUUUUUUGUUUGGUAUUUAGAGUCAAAUAAAGCUUUCAUAAAGUAUAUGCUUAUUUCUAUUUAUGCCUCAUCAACAUUUCAAUAAGAUGUUUGUUUUGUGUUUUUCAGUCAAUGGCCUCAUUGUACUGGAAAUAUUGGCUUUGUGUGUUUGGUUUGUCCAUUGUCAUAUAUCUGGCAUACAUUUUUGUCACUCUGCUGCGAACUUUCCUUUUGUAUCCUCUCAGAUACAAUUUCUCACAUUUUUCAGUGUGUUGGCUAUAACAGCAUUGCUACUGUAGCUAAUAUGUAAUUAUGUUUAUAAGUUCUAGAAUUUUAUACAUUCAAUUUUUUAUAUAUUUUUUUAAUCUAUGUUUAAAAUGUUGCAUCUUGAGGAUAUAAUGUAACACCUUGACUUGGGCCUGACGGCUGACUCAAAGUUACCCAGUAAAGUAUAAAUCAGGCCACUACAGUGAUUAUUGUACAGUUGAAAAGAUUUUUUAAAAAAUGGGCAUUUUAUUGCCUGGUGUUCCACAACAGAAGCAGAUUUACUGAGUUAUCUGUGUAACUUUGCUGAGUCAAAUCUAGAACCCCCUCAAAUCUGAAACAUGGGUUUUAUUCAUCAACAUUAUCUAGAUACUGUAACCUGCCUCAUGAAACAGGCAUCAGGAUGGCUGAGAUGAAGCUACACUUUGUCACGUCAAGUAGGCUGUUUUGUACUUGUGUACUUGUAAUUUUGUAGACCGUACAAUCUCAGUGACUGAAUCGACGCAGGUAAGUUAAAAGGAAGUUUAUUUAUAACAUUUGAAAGUAUAAGAUAUAAACGACUUAGUUGUCCUCUAACUGUACAUCUGAUCUUACCAUGGCAUUACUACAAAAAUGACUAAUAUCAGAUUUCACUUUCUUUUCAUGUGUUAUGACAGCAUAGAAUUAACAUGGGAUGGGUGUAGGAUUUCCUGUAAAUUUUAUGCUGUAUGCCAGAAGAUUUGACAUUCUGUUUGUGUUAAUUGUGUGCAUUAAUUUGAGUUACAAAAUAAAAUGUUUUCUCAAACACA